AUGAGUGACGUGGGGAUAGCUCUCCUGGUUCUCGGGAUUUGCAUGGUAGCGGCGGUAGUAAUCGCCAUUUUGAUUCGUCUUUUUGGGAUUUACAACGUCACUUCCUGUUUUGCCACUGGGGAGGAGAAAGCUGUAUUAACACAACAUGAACAGUAUAACGGAUACAUGGUCAACUCCGAAUCAGACUUUGUUCUGGACACCAGUGGAAAGUUUGUGCAGUAUGAUACCAUCCAAUCUGAUCCCAACUACGCGCAGACUGAAACUUACUCACCACCUCGCAGUUACUCGCCUCCGCGACAAGAAGAAAGUGCCCGCAGCAGUCCGGUGUCCGUCGCCUCCGAGGUGGAGAUACCUCACACGAUACGGAGAGCAGAGUCAUGCGAUAGUGUUGCCUCGGACUCAUCAGUACUUGAGAUGCAACCGGAUAUGCCGAAGAUUGGACAGCUGGAAUUUGCAUUAGAAUACGACAGAGAAGUAUCUGAGCUCGUGGUCAGUAUCAUACAAGCGCGCGACCUGACACCUAACCAGUACUCAGGGACAUUGGACACUUACAUCCGAGGUAUCAUGCAGCCAGAUACAGACGCAAAGUUCCAAACAAAGAUACAGAAGAACUCGACAGACCCCGUGUUUAAGGAGAGGUUUUUGUUUGGAGUAGAGCCUGAAGACUUGGAUAGCAGGACAAUUCUCUUUCAGGUUUUCUCUGUAGACAAGUACGCUCGUCACAAGGUCAUUGGCGAGUCCGAAAUCAGGGUAGGCGACAUAGACCUGCGUAUUCCUAUCAAAAUGUGGCUCAAUCUCCGCGAUAUUGAUGAGAAACCUACUGAAUAUGGCGACAUUAUGUUUUCCCUGAGUUAUCUUCCCACUGCUCAACGUCUAACCGUGGUUGUGGUCAAGGCCAGGAACCUCAAAUGGUGCGACAACAAGGAUUCUGGGGAUACGUUCGUGAAGGUGUACCUUCUACAGAAUGGAAGGAAGGUGAGUAAGAAGAAAACGUCAGUGAAAAGACGUGAGCGACACCCGACAUUUAACGAGGCGAUGAUCUUCUCUGUACCUGCCACGGCCUUACCCACUGUCCAGCUUAGGAUUACUGUGUCUGAAGUGAUCCCUGAGAACCGCACGCCAUCUCUUGGCCACAUCAUAGUCGGAGCAAACACUUCCGGUACAGAAUUAUCCCAUUGGAACCAAAUGAUGACGUCAUUGAGGAAACCUAUUGCUAUGUGGCAUUAUCUGAGAAAAUGA